AUGCAACCAAACAGAUCCCCUUCUCCUGCCAACCCUGUACCACAGCCGCAACCAUCCAAAGACCAUCAUCUCACCGCAGACGUGAGGGAAUUAGAGAAAGUCUCCACAAGUCAUCCUUCAAAUGCUCUAGCAAACGGUCCCCAUGAUCCUGUCGGUCAGAACAGCGACCGACUUGUUUCGUACAUUUGGCUACCUCCCCGAGGCGAAGCAGAAUAUCUCGUGGAGCGGUACCUCGAUGGAGUCAGCUUUAUUCACCAUGUGGUCCACCCUCCCAGAAUCCGCGAAGCAGUGGUAAAGCUGUACAGCGACCUGGAUAGCGAGGGCCAAGCCGAUCUCGGAACAGUAACCCUUCUUCUGAGUUUGCUUGCCAGUGUCACAUAUCUCUUGGGGCCUGAAGAAUGUGACAUUGAUCAACCCCCGACUUUGGCCGGAGCAAGUGAGGAAUCUCUGUCCUGGAUUCGGAUCACUUUGGACGUACUGGAAUACUCACAACGUAGCAACCUUGGCUCAAUUGAGAGUCUUCAGGCAAUGAUCAUCGUGUCUUUUCUCAUCGGCAACAUUGAAGGAGCCUCCCAGCGCUUUAGAUCCAUGAUAGCCGUGGCGUCGACUCUAGCUCGAGAACUAGGACUACAUCGGAUUGACCAGGGGAAGAACUAUUGGACGACCGAGUCUCCAAUUCGUGGUAUGGUCGAUGCGGAGGUUGGCCGCCGUCUAUGGUGGUAUCUUGCGGCGACUGACUGGUAUGAAGACCCUCUGACAGUACGCGUCAAGACGGCUAAAUUAGUUUAUAGGCUCCUGACUCGAUAUUCGGGGCCAGCUGCGGGUGCUUAUACUGUCCACGUCAGCCAUAUGGCAGUCAAGAAGCCCCAAAAUAUCGACGACCACGACCUGCUUGACGAUCAGAUAGUCAGGGAUAAGCCAAGCUCGGUGCCCAGCGUUAUGUCGUACUCCCUCCAACGUAUUCGGUUGGCUGAAAUAUGUCGUAAUGCUGUAGACCACGCCUCACUUUGGUCACCGGAGCUCCGUGGUGCAAAUUACAGCAACAUUGUCUUCAUAGACACUGAGCUUACCGUCUUCAGCAAUGCUCUGCCGUGGUUUUUCGCCAUCGAUGAUGAGGGGUCGGGGAGGCUCUCUCAGCUAGACUUCCAGCAACAGACAACGAUCAAAGUGCAGCGCUAUCUCAUCAACACCACUCUGCAUACUCAGCGGUGUAUACUGCAUUUGCCAUACUUUGCACAAAGUCUGGAAACAAAUGUGUACGCAUACUCCCGGGAAGUUUGCCUUGACGCAGCAAGGUCAGUCGUACAGGCUGAGUUACUCAUCGAAAGAGACAUGCUGCCCUUCACCAAUCUGCGCCUGAAGCUAUCCGCUUCGUUGUAUGGGCUGUUUAUCGCCAAUAUCAUAUUCUUCCUCGAAGCCUGCCUUCACAAGGCUUCAGGAUGGCCUUGUGCUCUGCGCUCGACAGCGAUAGAGGCCUUCCGUCUCUUGAUGCAGGCCAGAGGUAGCUCUCCCAUGGCAGCCAGGCUUUGGGAAACCAUGACUCACAUUUCGGAGAAGAACAAAGUCUCGCUGCCUCUCUCACAAGCUCCAAAUUCAUUGAUGGAGUACGCAUCGAAUUUGGUGACUGACGACUCAGAAGAUACGAGCCCUUCUCGUGGCGCUAUUGGAGCUCAGCAACAAAAUCAGCUUGUUUCCGACGAUUGGGGCGAUAUUAAUUUGUCAUGCGAUGGCCAGGACACAUUUGAUCCGCUGGGCUGGGCAGCAUCCAUUGGGUUAGUUGAAGAAUAG